AUGCCCUUCGGGCUAAAGAACGCCAGCGCGACUUAUCAGCGACUCGUCAACCGAAUGUUCGCUGAUCAGCUUGGCAACACCGAGGAAGUGUACAUCGACGACAUGUUAGUCAAAUCGCUCAAGGCCGACGAUCACCUAAACAACUUACGCGACUGCUUCAAGAUCUUAAACGACUACGGGAUGAAGCUCAACCCGGCCAAGUUCAUCUCGCGAUCAACCGAUAAGUGUCUUCCCUUCUACGAGCUACUAAGGGGCAAUAAGAGGUUCGUCUGGGACGAAAAGUGCGAGGAGGCGUUCAAUCAACUCAAGCACUACCUCACAACCCCCCCAGUACUAUCAAAGCCAGAAGCCGGCGACACAUUGUCUCUCUACAUAGCCGUCACAUCCUCCGCCGUCAGCAGCGUGCUCAUUCGAGAAGAUCGGGGAGAACAGAAACCAAUCUUUUACACAAGUAAAAGAAUGACCGAGCCAGAGACGAGAUACCCAACACUCGAAAAGAUGGCAUUAGCUGUCGUCACCUCGGCCAGGAAACUGCGACCCUACUUUCAGUCGCACACGAUUGAAGUACUGUCCAACCAACCACUCCGAACGCUGAGCGAACAUGACAUCCUUGCCGACUUCUUAAUCGAGUUAACACCAGAGCUGGAGCAAGACCUCAUCCUACCAAGUUUAAACUGGAUCCUACACGUCGACGGUUCAUCCACGAGUAAAGGGUCGGGGGCAGGAGUGCAACUGCAAUCACCAACAGGAGAACUCAUCCGGCAGUCAUUCAGCUUUGGUUUUGCGGCGUCAAACAACGAAGCUGAGUACGAAUCCCUCAUCGCAGGGCUCCGUCUCGCCAAGGCAGUGAAAGCCAAAAGAAUCAGCGCUUACUGCGACUCUCAACUUAUCGUUCCUCGCGGAGAAAAUGUCUGUGCCGACGCCCUCGCUGCUCUAGGAAGCAAGCUACACGAUCAAGUCAAGAGGACAAUCCCAAUCCAUAAAAUCGAGAAACCGAGCAUCGAUACGAAGUCGGAACAGACUGCGAUCGCAGUAGCGAUUAGCGAAGCGAUGGACAUCGAGGAAGCAGAACCUCCUUCGCAGGAUGAUCAGCCAACAGAUUGGCGCAAGGAACUCAUCGAUUACCUCGCUGAAAGUUUAUUGCCCACCGAGAAAUGGGACGCGCGACGACUGAGGCGACGUAGCGCACACUACGUUGUCAUGGACGGGGAACUACACCGAUGGACCGCGACGAAGGUGCUACUCAAAUGUAUCUCCGGCGAAGAAACGAGACUAGUCAUGGCCGAAACACAUGAAGGAGCAGCAAGCAAUCACUCGGGCGGACGAGCUCUCGCAUUAAAAGUAAAGAAUCUCGGAUUCUACUGGCCAACCAUGAACGCCGAGUGCGAGACAUACGUGCGCAAGUGCGACAAAUGCCAGCGUCAUGCUUCCACCUUACACAGCCCAACGGAGUUCCUUCAUACCCUAACUGCUCCAUACCCAUUCAUGCGAUGGGGAAUGGACAUCAUCGGUCCGAUGUCGGCAUCUCGCCAAAAGAAGUUCAUCCUGGUCCUCACAGAUUACUUCACCAAAUGGGUUGAAGCCAAAGCCUAUGCCAGCAUCACCGAAAGGGAGGUGCAAAACUUCGUCUGGAAGAACAUAAUCUGCCGACAUGGGCUCCCAUACGAGAUCAUUACAGACAACGGUUCACAAUUCAUCUCGCAUCAUUUCAAGGGAUUAUACGACAGAUGGCGAAUUCGACUCAACAUGUCGACCCCGAGAAACCCGCAAAGUAACGGCCAAGCCGAGUCGACGAACAAGACCAUCAUCGACGGUCUGAAGAAACAACUCGACUUAAAGAAAGGUUGUUGGGCAGAUGAACUAGACGGUGUCCUGUGGUCCCACAGAACAACUCCUCGUGGAGCGACGAAGGCUACCCUUUUCUCAAUGGCCUACGGCGUCGAGGCAAUGGCUCCUGCAGAAGUGAAUGUGACGAGCUUGCGCCGAUCGCGAAUGCCACAAAACGUCGAACUCAACCGCAGCAUGCUGCUCGACGCACUCGACGACAUCGAGGAAAAGCGCGAACAAGCACUACUCCGUAUCCAGAAUUACCAGCAUCAAAUCGAGAGCUACUACAAAAAAAAGAUAGUCGAAGUCAUCAAACCAGGAGUAUACCGCCUUGAGACUUCAACAGGCGAAGCAAUACUGAGAGCUUGGAACUCCAAACAUCUCCGCCUCUUCAAUCCUUAG